CAAAUUAAGAAAACGAGUGAACGUCAUACAUAUACAAAGCAACCGUUGCAUCAGGAAGACAAAGAACCAAUAAAUUGCAAUAUUUCAAAGGUUGGCGUUCCGUGCCAAACUCCUCCAUUCACGGUUAAUAUGUGCGUGCCCCWUCCUCCAGUUAUCUCUUAUGCCUUCAAUAGUACGUACUUGUCCAGUAACCUCACCAUGGUAACGGGAUAUUUCAAUAUCGGUUCAUUUCAAAAAGGAGACAAUCAGUAUUUUACCAACGACCUGUUCAAGGGAUGGAUGAAAAGGCUGUCAAAAAUACGCAACUUUAUGGUGAUAUUUGUGGAGGAUAACAUAACCGAUGCGAUAUUCAGGGAACAGAGAUCUCAUCUUCCUUCUAGCUUUACAAAAAUAAUACAUAUCACAAGAUAUGACCUUUGGGGGUUCCAGAUAGAAAAUAUUACAAAAAAGAUUUACGAAGCUCCAUGCUAUCCUAAGUUCCAUCCAAACACAGUUAUAGCUUCGUAUUCCUGUGUUAUGCAUGUUAAGUAUGAUUUUAUGAGAAUAGCGGUGCAGAAAAAUUACUUCCAAACUAAAUAUUUUAGUUGGAUUGAUAUUGGAUACUUUAGAGACGAACCGUUGAACGGCCCACCGUUCUCGCUUGGUCUUCCAAAAAAAUUCAAUGAAGAAAGAGUAGCGUAUACCGAGGUAUACUCAUGGCAAACCAACGUGAAUUGCAAAGAUAUUGUCUUCAAGAACUUAGUUUGGGUAGGGGGAGGGUAUUUUGUCGGUAGAGGUGACGUCAUGCUUGCAUGGGUGACGCAAUACCAGUCUUACGUGUACAAUAUGUUACAUUCUGGAUUGAUGAGUACGGAUCAACAGGUGAUAUACUGUAUGUUUAAUACAAGGCCACAACCUUCUAGUGUUAAGAUACAAGUGUACAAUGCACAGGAGAAGUACCAUGACUGGUUUACACUGGGAUAUCUCAGUAAGAGGAACAGGUGACCUAGCUUAACAUGUCACGUAAUAGUCUUCCGCCAUCUUAGUUAUAGAUAACAAAUGCAAACAUCAUUAAUAGACCACUUGCAUGUGACGUAAAAGGAGCUCAAUC